AUGAAGUAUGUUUUAUUUUAUGAUAAGAAAAUAUCAAUAAACACUAUAACUCAAUUGCAUGAUUUAUUAGUCAAUAAUUCAUUUAAUAUCCUAAAAUCAAAAAGCAAUAUACCGACUAUCUACAAUUCUACUUCUUCAAAUAAUAGCACCACUACCGCAACAACAGCCGCCACUAUCUCUACUACUACUACUACUAAUAAUGGUGGUGGUAAUAAUAACGAUGUCGCCAGUAUCCUCAGCAACAACAAUAAUGAAAGUUCUAGUGGAACCAAUGAUACUUGGGAAUUUGAAUUGAAAACUUUUAGAAACACUAUUCCAUCCACUAUUUCUAAUGAUAGCCCUGUUUCUACUACGACGACCACUACCACUUCUAAUAGUGCAAAUAAGAACCUAAUGUAUGUUUUAACUUUUGAUAAAAGUCAAAGUAUAGUACAUAUAGGAAACGAUGCUUCAAUUAAACUGCAACACAAUAUUAGCAAAGGCUUUUGUGAUACAACAAAAAUGGGUGAACUUCAUGGAUUGUUUCAAAAUGGAUGUCUUUUUAAUAAUAAUAAUAAAAGCAGUAGUAAUAGCAGUGUUGGGAACGAUGACUAUAUUCAUAAGAUAUUAAAUAGUGGCAAGACGUGGACACAAAGACAAUUAUUUAAGGGAUCAUUGGGUGUAAAAUACCAAAUUAAGUUGCCAAAUAAAUUAUUUGUUAGUAGCAACAAUACUAAUAGUACCGUUACUAUUGAGACCAAAAGCGGUUAUCAACUGAUCACUUUAAGUAUGAUUAAUGCUACAAGUUCCUCUAAUGAUUUAAAAGGGUUAAUUAUAGAACUAGAAGUUGAAGCAUUUCCUAAACCUGGUCUACAAGAAAUAUCUAUAUCCGCAUUGGAAUACGUUGCGAGAAUAUUAGAUAAAGAACUAGCCAAGGAUGUUUUGGAUGUCUCGGAGAAAACUAUUAAUAGUGAAGAUCUAGUAUACAAUGAUUACCAAUUAACCAAACAAUAUAUAAAAUAUUUGGAAUAA